GUGGGGAGGGGGGCCGUGCGGGGGAAAGAGAGGGAGGAAAGUAGAUCUGUAGGACUUGAGUGAGGAAAAAGUUUGCAAGUCUGGACAGAAGGGAAAAGUACUCCCGAGAGACCGGCUUUGGGGAGGGGAGGGGGGAGGGAAAGAACAGCUUCUUUUUUGUUUUUCUUCCACUCUUAAAAAGCUUCUUUCUCUUCACCCAAGUCGACCGGCACAAUUGGGACACCCUCACUGUCCCUCUCUGGCUCUAGCUCUCUCCCUAUAAACCCUCAAGAUUAUGUCAAUUGGUCAGAGUCAGCCGGGGAUUUCGUGCGGGUGCUGAAGAAGCUGCGGGAGCCGAAGAAGAAUGAAACUGCGUGGAGUCAGCCUGGCUGCCUGCUUGUUCUUACUGGCCCUGAGUCUUUGGGGGCAGCCUGCAGAGGCUGCGGCUUGCUAUGGGUGUUCUCCAGGAUCAAAGUGUGACUGUAGUGGUAUAAAAGGGGAAAAGGGAGAGAGGGGGUUUCCAGGUUUGGAAGGCCAUCCAGGUUUGCCUGGAUUUCCUGGUCCAGAAGGGCCUCCAGGACCUCGGGGACAAAAGGGUGAUGAUGGGAUUCCAGGGCCACCAGGACCAAAAGGAAUCAGAGGUCCUCCUGGACUUCCUGGAUUUCCAGGGACACCAGGUCUUCCUGGAAUGCCAGGCCAUGAUGGGGCCCCAGGACCUCAAGGAAUCCCUGGAUGCAAUGGAACCAAGGGAGAACGUGGAUUCCCAGGCAGCCCGGGUUUUCCUGGUUUACAGGGUCCUCCAGGACCUCCUGGGAUCCCAGGUAUGAAGGGGGAACCAGGUAGUAUAAUUAUGUCACCACUGCCGGGACCAAAGGGUAGUCCAGGAUAUCCAGGUCCUCCUGGAAUACAAGGCCCACCUGGUCCCACUGGUAUACCAGGGCCAAUGGGUCCCCCAGGACCACCAGGUUUGAUGGGCCCUCCUGGUCCACCAGGACUUCCAGGACCAAAGGGUAAUAUGGGCUUAAACUUCCAGGGACCAAAGGGUGAAAAGGGUGAACAAGGUCUUCAAGGCCCACCUGGGCCACCUGGACAGAUCAGUGAGCAGAAAAGACCAAUUGACGUAGAGUUUCAGAAAGGAGAUCAGGGACUUCCUGGUGACCAAGGGCCUCCUGGACCUCCAGGGAUACGUGGUCCUCCAGGUCCUCCAGGUGGUGUGAAAGGUGAGAAGGGCGAGCAAGGAGAGCCAGGCAAAAGAGGUAAACCAGGCAAAGAUGGAGAGAAUGGCCAACCUGGAAUUCCAGGUUUGCCUGGUGAUCCUGGUUACCUGGGUGAACCUGGAAGGGAUGGUGAAAAAGGCCAAAAAGGUGACACUGGCCCUACUGGACCUCCUGGACUUGUAAUUCCUAGACCUGGGACUGGCAUAACUGUAGGAGAAAAAGGAAACAUUGGUUUACCUGGUUUGCCUGGAGAAAAAGGAGAGCAAGGAUUUCCUGGAAUUCAGGGUCCACCAGGCCUUCCUGGACCUCCAGGGCCUGCAGUUAUGGGUCCUCCUGGUCCCCCUGGAUUUCCUGGCGAAAGGGGUCAGAAAGGUGACGAAGGCCCACCCGGAAUUUCCAUCCCUGGAUCUCCUGGACUUGAUGGACAGCCUGGGGCUCCUGGCCUUUCAGGGCCUCCUGGCCCUCCUGGCUCUCGCAUGCCUCCCAGUGAUGAGAUAUGUGAAGCAGGUCCUCCUGGCCCUCCAGGAGCUCCAGGUGAUAAAGGACUCCAAGGAGAACAAGGAGUGAAAGGUGACAAAGGGGACACCUGCUUCAACUGUAUUGGAACUGGUAUUUCAGGGCCUCCAGGUCAACCUGGUUUGCCAGGUCUUCCAGGUCCUCCAGGAUCUCUUGGUUUCCCUGGACAGAAGGGUGAAAAAGGGCAAGCUGGUGCAACUGGUCCCAAGGGAUUACCGGGCAUACCAGGAGCUCCAGGAGCUCCAGGAUUUCCUGGAUCUAAAGGUGAUCCUGGUGACAUCCUCACUUUUCCAGGAAUGAAGGGUGACAAAGGAGAGUUGGGUACCCCUGGAGCUCCAGGACUUCCUGGUUUACCUGGCACCCCUGGACAGGAUGGAUUGCCAGGGCUUCCUGGCCCUAAAGGAGAACCUGGUGGAAUUGCUUUUAAGGGUGAAAGAGGUCCCCCUGGGAACCCAGGUUUACCAGGCCUCCCAGGGAAUACAGGGCCUAUGGGCCCUCCUGGUUUUGGCUCUCCAGGCCCAAUAGGUGAAAAGGGCAUACAAGGUGUGGCAGGAAAUCCAGGCCAGCCAGGAAUACCAGGUCCUAAAGGUGAUCCAGGUCAGACCAUAACCCAGCCAGGGAACCCCGGCCUGCCUGGUAACCCAGGCAGAGAUGGUGAAGUAGGUCUUCCAGGUGACCCUGGACUCCCAGGCCAACCAGGCUUACCAGGUAUACCUGGUAGCAAAGGAGAACCAGGUAUUCCUGGAAUUGGGCUUCCUGGACCACCUGGUCCCAAAGGUUUCCCUGGAAUUCCAGGACCUUCAGGACCACCUGGGACCCCUGGAAGAAUUGGACUAGAAGGUUCUCCUGGGCCACCUGGCUUUCCAGGACCAAAGGGAGAGCCAGGAUUUGGAUUGCCUGGGCCACCUGGGCCACCAGGACUUCCAGGUUUCAAAGGAACACUUGGUCCAAAAGGUGAUCGUGGUUUCCCAGGACCUCCAGGUCCUCCAGGACGCACUGGCUUGGAUGGGCUUCCUGGACCAAAAGGUGAUGUUGGACCAAGUGGACAACCUGGAUCAAUGGGACCUCCUGGGCUGCCAGGAAUAGGUGUUCAGGGACCACCAGGACCACCAGGGAUUCCUGGACCAAUAGGCCAACCUGGUUUACAUGGACUGCCAGGAGAGAAGGGGGAUCUGGGACCUCCUGGGUUUGAUGUUCCAGGACCCUCUGGUGAAAGAGGCAGUCCAGGGAUCCCUGGAACACCUGGUCCUUUGGGACCUCCAGGAUCACCAGGGCUCCCAGGAAAAGCAGGUGUCUCAGGAUUUCCAGGUGCCAAAGGUGAAAUGGGUAUGAUGGGACCUCCAGGCCCACAAGGACCUUUGGGAAUUCCUGGCAGGAGUGGUGUUCCUGGUCUUAAAGGUGAUGACGGCUUGCAGGGUCAGCCAGGACUUCCCGGCCCUGCAGGAGAGAAAGGUGGUAAAGGAGAGCCUGGCCUGCCAGGCCCUCCUGGACCAAUAGAUCCAAGUCUUCUGGGCUCAAAAGGAGAGAAGGGGGAACCUGGCUUACCAGGCAUUCCUGGAGUUCCAGGGUCAAAAGGUUUCCAGGGUUUGCCUGGAGACCCAGGACAACCUGGCCUGAGUGGACAACCUGGCUUAUCAGGACCACCAGGUCCUAAGGGUAACCCUGGUCUCCCUGGGCAGCCAGGACUUAUAGGACCUCCUGGACUUAAAGGAACCAUGGGUGAUAUGGGUUUUCCAGGCCCUCAGGGUGUAGAAGGACCCCCUGGGCCUCCUGGAGCUCCUGGACAACCUGGCUCCCCAGGAUUACCUGGACAGAAAGGAGACAAAGGUGAUCCUGGUGUUUCAAGCAUUGGUCUUCCAGGUCUUCCUGGCCCAAAGGGUGAACCCGGUCUGCCUGGAUACCCAGGGAACCCUGGUAUCAAAGGUUCUGUAGGAGAUACUGGUUUGCCUGGAUUACCAGGAAGCCCUGGAGCAAAAGGACAACCAGGCCUUCCUGGAUUCCCAGGACCCCCAGGACCUCCUGGACCAAAAGGUAUUAAUGGCCCUCCUGGGAACCCUGGCCUUCCAGGAGAACCUGGUCCUAUAGGUGGUGGAGGUCGUCCUGGGCCACCAGGGUCUCCUGGUGAAAAAGGUAAACCAGGUCAAGAUGGUAUUCCUGGCCCAGCUGGACAGAAGGGUGAACCAGGUCAACCAGGCUUUGGAAUCCCAGGACCUCCUGGACUCCCAGGACUUUCUGGUCAAAAGGGUGAUGGAGGAUUACCUGGCAUGCCAGGAAACCCUGGCCUUCCAGGCCCAAAGGGUGAAUCAGGCUCUCACGGUUUCCCUGGUGUGCAGGGUCCCCCAGGCCCUCCUGGUUCUCCAGGUCCAGCUCUGGAAGGGCCAAAAGGCAGCCCUGGGCCCCAAGGUCCUCCUGGGAGGCCAGGUCCUACAGGUUUUCAAGGUCUACCAGGUCCAGAAGGUCCCCGAGGUCUCCCUGGAAAUGGAGGUACUAAAGGAGAGAAGGGAAACCCAGGCCCACCUGGGCAACCUGGCUUGCCUGGUUUGAAAGGAGAUCAAGGACCACCAGGACUCCCGGUAGGAAAUGGGA